UGGAUACAGGCAAAGUACUUGAAACAGAGAAACACGUUCGACGGAGUAAAUUGCUAUUUUCAGAUCAUUUGCCUCUUACGCGAUACCCCAAAAGACAGGCUAGAAGAUAGCUAUGGACAUUCUGAAGGGGAGCUUGGACGAGAUCUCAAGGCCAGCGUCCAGUGGCAGGUCUCGGCCGGGCAGUCGUGCCUCUAGUACCUCAGUGCAGGACAGACUGAGGGUCAGCGCUGCUUGCAUAGGCUCUCUGGAGGUUCUGACCUCUGAAUCAGGAGGACCACAGGAUCGUUCUUCUGAUUUGGAGGACCUCCUCUGUUCCCCUGGUUCUUCGGUUGACUUUUCUUGGGAUGAACUGAGUUGUGAGUCUGAGGGAGCUGAUUCUACCAGCACCCAGAAAACAGAAUCCCCCAAGAGACAACUGCACUUGUUAUCUGAAGAGAAAGCCAGCUCUAUUUUACAAGGUGUACAGAAUCUCAGUUCAAACACAGAACAAAAUUCCAGUUCAGCAGACUCAGAAGACAACAAUGAAGUCAAAGGCAAUGGUUCUUCAAAACCCGACGGAUCGGAUGAAGAAAAUAAAGACCCUCGGCUGCAAGAAGCCAUUCAGAAAAUGAAAAAGCUGGACAAAGUACUGGCUUCUAAAGUGUCCAAAGAGAGAGAAAUAAAGAAACAAGGGAAAGAACUGAGGAUAAAAUUAUGGGAAGAACUGCAGAGUACAAAGCAUGAAGGGCUUUUGGAGAGUCAUGAUGAACUUGAGAACACCAGGAGGUUUCUGUCUUUGACUCCUACUUAUGCCUCUGCUGCCAUUGAAGAUGCACAUUUUGUACCUCUGUUUGACACCCAAAUUCCUGCUGAAGAAUAUAAGAGGGAUUACAGUCAGACUGAGGAAGUGCGAAGUGAUCAGAGUGAAAGCACCAAUAUGUCAAAGACAAGUCGAGACACAGACCAAACGGAUCAAUCAGCCAGCAGACAACGUGGUGUUAACAAGAGCAAGAAAAAACAAGACUUUGUGAAGAAAAACAUUGAGUUGGCUAAGGAUGCUGGGAAUGCAGUGCUCAUGACAGACGAUGAGAAGAGAAGGCUGGCAGAACUACUGAAAGACAUUGGUGAGGAUGGAAGUACCAAUCUUCCAAGCGAUGAGGGCAAUCCAUCUCAGUGGGCUGUCUCCCUGACUCCAGGAGAAGGAUACACACCGGAACCCAGUGAACUGCAUCAUCUGACUGAAAUCGACUCCAAGCUUCAAGCUCUACUGUCUGCAGAGGACUACUCGGCUCUGCACAGCCCUUACUCCAGCUGCAGGCAGCUUCAGGAGUACUUGGCUGAUUCAGACAGUAAGGAGACUCUGCCAGGAGAGAAGGUCCUGCUGGACACGAAGGAGAGUAGAGGGCACAAGACGAGACUGAGAGAGAUUGAGCAACAGCUGGGACAUCUGGACACAGAACUACAGAGUGGUUUGGGAAGACCAUUUUUAUCUGAAAACCAGUUAAAAAGCCUGUUGGAGGAAUGCAUGCAAGCACAGAACAGAACUGGUGGUAUAAGUCUAACAGAAGAUCCGUCCAUAAGACCUCAGUCCAGUGUAUCAAGUGUCUCCUGUCUCCUAGUGCCUGCAACCCCAUCUACAGGACUCUCUGACUCCAUGCUUUCCCUGCUGCUGGAGGAGGCAGGCUUUUCUAGGACUUCCACAGCCCGGGAGAGAGAUCAGAAAGGGGAGAGGGGAGCAGAGCACCUGCAGGACAGCCUGUCUGAGUUAGAGGGGGAGGAAGCUGGCAGUGCUGCUGAUGAUGGCUCCUACAUGGCCAAAGCGCUCAGGAGAACAGGAGUGAAGAGGCCUGCUUUCCUGGAUGACCUGUCUUACACCAGCAGUGACUCUGUAGACAGGCCAACAGGUGAAGCAGACAUUUCAGCCAAGACAGGUGCUGAAAGAGAAGACGGUCCAGCUUAACUAAUCUCUUGUUUGACAGCUGUGGGACCAGUCAUAUUCCUGCAGAGUCUUAAAUAUAAGCAAAUAAAAAUGUAAAUCAAAUAGUCAUCUUAAUCCGCAUCUACAUUGCUGAUAAAAAGAAACAAUUACAAUAAUUACUUUUUAACAUAACACAAAAUACAUUGACAAAGACUUAUCAUUGGUUUAUUUUUGUUACUUUUGUUAUUAUGGUUGAGUCUUUAAAUGGCUAUAGCUAAUGACUCAAUUCCAAGUCUUACCUGUUGUGCACUUCUUUCCGCUAUAUAGUCUGUUCUCAAGGUGAAUUAACCUAGGAAGUGCAUGGUUCCCUGAAAGUAAGGCAUGUAAACAGUGCUUUCUGUAACCGGCUGUGGUCCCAAGCCCCAUUUUUAAAAGACAUCUUUCAAAACUGCACGUGUGAGACCUAGGAUACUUAGUGAAUGGAAGUGCACGAGAAGUAAAAACUGUUGAAUUGGUUAGAAACUACAAAUAAACUACUUGUGUUUGAACCUGGAGUCUGGAAAAACAGUUUGUAUUUGUUAUGAGGUUUUCAGUUUUCACACUGAUGCUGCUCUGCUAAAAAAAAAAAAAUAAGUCCCAUGAUCUCCUCUCUUAAUGUAACCCCUAAUGCGGGUGCUUUGCUGGAGUUUUUUGAAGAAUUGUUUUUUCGCUAGACCCGCGUGAUUAUUUGGAGUAAUGACUUGUUAAGGUAUGCAGAACUCUCUUGAUGCUCUUGAGAUAACAUCACAUUGUGAAGUCUGCUGUAGAAGUGUGCUGUAAUGAAGAACACACCUGUUUCAUGUUUUUUUUUUAUUUUUUAUAUCAACUGCUCAGAAUAGUUGCAUGCUUAUGAUUUCAGCUGGCAUUCAAAGAGAAUUUCUUUACCUUGUUAAAAUAAUAGGUUUGGAAUAUCUAUUAUAAAUGUGUUGUUGUUUUGUUAUACUGCUUGUAUCUGUAUCUGUAUCCAAGACAAUGGUCAAAUAAAAUGUAUUGUAUGAAUCGCUAAGUAAAUGAAAUAUUCCCGUUAAUUAUACAUCAAAAAUCGCUAGUAGAGAUGAGCAAAGGAAAAUGCCUAUCCCGUUUUCUAAUUAUAAUUUGCAGAUAGCCCCGUACUCAUUUAAUCUGCCAGCUCUUUCUCAAUGAUUUAAGUAGCUCUCAAUAAGUGAGAACCAUAGCAGGUCCACUCAGAUUUGUUAGGGAAGAGAUGAUUUACAAAAGCAAAGUAUAUUUGUAAAUGUUACCAUUCUAAUACAACAAACGCUCACAAGAAUUAAAGAGUGCAAAAUGAUCAUCUACCAUACCUUACUGUGUUUUAAAUACGAAAUCCCUUUUUGAUUGACAGACAAACCAGAUCCGUUUUUCUAUUACAAACAUUACUUUGUAACCGGUUUGUGUGAACAUCCAGUGUCCUGAACUGCCCUUUAGCUCCCAUAAAACACUGUACAAGAGAUAUCUUUCAUUAAAAACUAAAUUAACAUUACAUAUGGCUUGUCUUUUUUAAUUUAAUGAAGCUAUUAGUGCAAAGGGUCAGACGGAUACUGGUCUUUACACUCUUACCCCUGUAACCUGGGUGAUCGUCAGAAGCCAAUCUCUGAGAUCCGGUUCACGGCAUCAAAGUAACAGGGUGGCAGCUGGGCACAUACCGGCAACUCUGCAUGCCGCAAACGAGCGUCUUAACAACUGUGAUGCACUGCCCUUCUGGAUUCUAACCCCUCUCAGUGAGAUAAGGUUAAACGCUCAACAAUCACGAAUGCAGGAGGGCCUGGCUCUUUUGCGCAGUGGUUAAGGCGCUUGCUUGUGGUGUGUGUGGUCGCAGGUUUGUUCCCAGGACUUCGCCCUAUUACACAAGAUAUCUUGAGCUUUCAAAGCAAGUAAGUGCCUUAUUAAGGUCAUGUGUCAGAGUAACAGUCCCCUUCUGUAUGGAUCACUUCAGACUUUAAAUGUAAAGAAAAUAAGGAAAGGGGGACCAAGCACUUUUACCAACAGCUU